GCUCCACCCCUGAGGCCGAGGAGGAGAAGGAUUGCCUGACGGAGGUGCCCCCCGCGCUCUGCCAUUGUCCUGCGCUCGUCCGCACCGCUCGCUGUCACCCGUGCGCCGUCACAGCUGGGACCCCAGCAGGAACGGCCGCAGAGAGGCCGAGAUGAGUCAGCGCAGUUCACUGAGGAGUCUGGGGGAGCGAAAGCACACGUUUCACAAGCGAAGUAUGAGCUGGUGUCCCUCACAGGCACCCCAGCACCCUGACCCAGAUGAUAUUAAUGGCAGAAGUUACAGUCUGGAAGGCCUGACCGCAGACAGAGAUGUGGAGAGGGACUUCUCCCGGCCCGGCGCCAGGUCCCAGGAUCCACAGCGGCCGUCCCGGCUGGAGUCCGAGGAGCGGGGGUCUUUGGUCUCCCUCACAGAGGAAGAGCAGGAGUAUGACCUGGGCGAUUGCAGCAGCCUGGACAGUGAGAAAUCGGGCCACCUGAAGCUCCGCAGCUGCUCGUCCGUAACUCUGCCCCUGACCAAGUCUGUCUCCAUGCUCACCAUCAGUCAGAAGGAGCUGGAUCUGGUCGGACGGACUCGACCUAAGAGACGGAUCUCCUUCUCCUUCAACAUCUCUCCGAUCCUCCCAAAAUCUAAAACCUUCUUUUCUAUCGGCUCUUCAUCCAGUGAUGAAGAGGAGGCUUUGAGCCUCAAGUCGUUCUCCAGCAUCUCGGGGUCCCUGGCCUACAGCAUUUCGGAAGAGGACCCGGGACCCGGUGAGGGGAAGGCUGGCACCAAAGUCAGCCGGACGUUCAGCUACCUCAAGAACAAGAUGUACAAGAAGACGAAGGAGAAAGACAAAGAGAAGAGCACCGAGAGAGAGCGAGAGGCCAAGGAGAAGGACAAGAAGGCGACCAGCGGACAUGUCUUCGGAGUGGGGUCUGCGUUCCUGGUCCAGUGCCACCAGUGUAACAAAGCCAUCAGCGUCAAGGAUGCCGCCUGUUGCCCCAACUGCAGUGCGCAUGUUCCCCGGAGCUGUCGGGAGUCUCUUCCUGUCUGUUCCAAAGUCAGAAUGAUGCAACCAAAGUCCCAGUUUGCUGUUCCGGAAGCUUCCGUGAUUCCUGUCGUUACUCUGAGAAACAGGGGGCCAGUGUCGCGUGAGCGACCCUGGUCGGUUAUGAUGGGGCCUGAGGACCACGGCCUGCCGUCGAUGCCCCGACGACACACCAGCAUUCCGGCGCCGUCCAGCAGCAGUCUGUCAAAGAGUAUGUCCAUCAGCAACAUCGCCGGCUCGGCGUUCGACGAUGUGCCGCUGAAGGGCGUGAAAUACCUAUCCCAUUCCACCGACUCGCUGAACAAAACCGGCAAGGUCAACGAGUCCACAGAGUCCCUGACAGAUGAAGGCACAGAGAUGAUGGACAGUCAGCUUAUGGGGGAGUUCGAGGUCGACGCCAAGGAGCUAGAGGCCGACUCCUGGAGCUUCUCUGUCGAUAAGAAGUUCCUGAAGCAGCUCAAGCAGGACGUCAUCAAGAGACAGGAUGUCAUCUACGAGUUGAUCCAGACAGAAAUGCACCACGUGCGGACUUUGAGGAUCAUGUGGAACGUCUACAGUAAGGGGCUGCAGAAGGAGGUGCAGCUGGAGGCCCAGGCAGUGGAACGACUCUUCCCCAUGCUGGACGACCUCUUGGACAUCCAUACACAUUUCUUCACCAGCAUCCUGGACAGGAAGCGGGAGGCCCAGCAAAAGGGGAAAGAUGGCGGCUUCGUCAUUCAGAAGAUUGGAGACGUGCUCCUCAACCAGUUCUCAGGGUCCAAUGCCGACCGCAUGAAGAGAGUCUACGGCAAGUUUUGCAGCCGGUACAACGAGGCAGUGAAUUACUACAAGGAGCUUCACUCCAAAGACAAGCGCUUCCAGGCGUUCAUCAAGAAAAAGAUGAGCAGUUCCAUUGUGCGUCGGCUUGGCAUUCGCGAAUGUAUCUUACUCGUAACGCAGCGGAUCACAAAAUAUCCGGUGCUCCUUCAGCGGAUACUGCAGCACACCAAAGAGACCGAGGAGGACCACAAGGAGGUGGCAGAAGCCCUGCAGCUGGUGAAGGAGAUGGUCGCCGCUGUAGACAGCAAGGUCAACGAGCAUGAGAAGAGGCAGCGGCUGAAGGAGCUGCACAGCCGCACGGACAGCAAGUCCAUCAUGCGCAUGAAGAGCGGCCAGAUGUUUGCCAGGGAGGACCUUCUGCAUGGGAGGAAGCUUCUCCACGAUGGGCCCUUGCAGUUGAAGAACUCUGUGGGUCGGCUGAAAGACGUCCAAGCCCUUCUCCUCUCCGGUGUCGUCGUUUUCCUUCAGGAAAAAGACCAGAAAUACGUGUUUGCUUCCCUGGACCAGCGGUCCACAGUCAUCUCUCUGCAUAAACUCAUUGUGCGGGAGGUGGCCAAUGAGGAGAAAGGCCUGUUCCUCAUCACAGCCGGCAAGAAACCGGAGAUGUUGGAGGUAUAUGCCAGCUCCAAAGAGGAACGCAAUACGUGGAUGCAGCUCAUCCAGGAAGCCAUGAACUCCAUGGAGAAGGAUGAAGACGAAGGUAUCCCCAGUGAGACUGAAGAAGACAAGCGGUUACUUGAGACCAAGGCUAAGGAGAUGAGAGAACUGUUGAGGAGUAAAGAUGAGCAGAUAGUGACACUCCUGGAGGAGAAGGUGAAGCUGUUUGGGGAGCUGUGUGAGAGUCCCACCCCAGAGGGCCCCGGUCGCAGGCUGAAGAUGUUCAGGGCCAUCUCCAAGGAUGCGCUGAGAGGAGAGCCUGUCCUGAAGGAUGCACUGAAGAUAGUGGAGACCCUGCAGGUGCUUGUAAGCAGCAGCCUAGGGGGGGCGGUCGGGCACCAGGUGGCCAGUUCUUUGGGAUCCUCCGGAGGCACGGGGGUGGUCUGCCUUCCCCGGCGGGCGGAGACUUUUGGGGGCUUCGACAGUCAUCAGAUGAACACCAGCAAAGGUGAGGGAGCUCAGCCACAGGGGGAGAAGGAUGAACCGGAGGAUUCCACGGACCUCCGCAGGACUGAAUCUGACAGCGUGCUAAAGAAGGGGGGUAACUCUAACCUGUUACUGCUUCUGAAGAGGAACAGUGAGCAGGUCCUGCAGAACGUCAGUCAUCUUCACGAGCUGCUCAGCGCCCUGCAGGCAGUGGUGAUGCAGCAGGACUCAUUGGUGGAGGAGCAGCGGCAGUCCUUGAGUGACCGCCCCCCCUCGCGCCCAAGCUCGCGGCCCCCCUCUCUGGUAGAGCAGGAGAAGCAGCGCAGCCUGGAGAGGCAGCGGCAAGAGGCAGCCGAGCUGCAGCGGCGUCAGGCGGCACACGCGGAGGAGCGCCUCCGCCAGAGCCGGCAGUGGGAGGCGUGCGAGCGGGAGCUGGCAGAGCGCGAGGCCCGGGUGCUGGCUCAGGAGGAGGAGGUGCGGCGCGCGCAGCACCAGCUGGAGGAGGCCGAGCGAGAGCUGCGGGAGUGCAAGGCCGAAUACCAGCGGGACCUGGAGAGCCUGCGGGAAGCGCAGCGGAAGCUGGACCGGGAUCGGCAGCAGAUCCACAGGGACCUGGAGCAGACGAGGCCGGCCCAUGACGUGUGCCGGGACCGGACCCACUCGAGCACCUCCGACGACUCGCUGAGAUUACAGAGCUCCGGUUCCUUGGACAAGGAUCCCUCGGAGAGCAAGCUGCCGUCUUCCCCCCCCGGGCUCCAAGUCCAGGUCAAGCUCAAAGCGGAAGGGAAAGAACUUCAACCUGUUUGCCACGAACCCGGAAAAGCUGGCCAAGCCCAAGGAGAAGAAGGACAAGAAGAAGAAGAAGGGGAAAGGACAGCACUCUCAGUCUGAAGAAUCACCUCGCCUUCCAUCCUCGGAGCCUUCUGCAGAGCGGGAAAUUUCUUCUGCUGAUCUGCCUGUGCCCUGUAAGAUCCCACAAUGCUUUGCUCCCAAGACAGCUGUGACUGCCUGAGUGCAGAGCCAAGUCGCUGUAGACAGCUGUCUGUUUCCCUCCUGUGUGCUUCCUACAUGCCCGUGGCCCUGGGGAGGAGGCGGGCUUGGGGGGCUGGACAGGCUUCGUCAGACACUUUAGGGAAGGACUCCUGCGUGUGUGUGUGUGUGUGUGUGUGUGUGUGUGUGUGUGUGUGUGUGUGUGUGUGUGUGUGUGUGUGUGUGUGCGUGUGGCUGUGCGUGUGUGUGUCGUGCGCGCGCGUGAGUGCAUGAGAAUCAGUAGCGAUGUCACGCGUUGUUGAAUAAAAAUAUUGCAAAUCACCACAUGAGCACGAGUGGGUGUUCUGCACAUUGUGAAGAGUAAGAUAUGCCCUUCGCACGGUACAACAACGGGCCCUGCGCUCAAUGAAGAUAAACUGUGUGUAGCGUAAGCUGAUUCUUUGUGUGGUACAUGGACUGCACAUCGCUUGACAUAUAUAUGUCCUUUCACAGAACUGUAUAUGCUAACUGUGCGUAAAGUAUAAAGACGUUGUACAUCAUUAAUAACCUGACUGGGAAAAAGCUACCCCUAUCUUCAUACACCCCCCCUCUGGUUUUCUGGCCAAGUGGAGCCGACACUCUGAUAGUCCUGGAGAGGAAAGAGGUGCAGGUGUCAGAAUGUGCGAUGGGGUCAGAGGUUUGGGGUGGGUGGGCGGGAGCUGGUGUUCUGAGGCUCUCCACCAGGGGGACCCCAUGUGUCCAGAGUGAGGCGAUUCGGUUCUGAUCUGCUUUCUUGCCCUUUUUCUUCCCUGUAUAAUUUUGUCAUUAGACGUUUUGACGGUAGGAACUUUCGAGAGGUACGCUUUGCAUGGUGAGGUGUGUGUUGUGCCUUGAACAGUCGGUGCCUUCACAUUCAUUGUCAAAUCUGUUGCAUCAUAAAUUUAUUUCUAAUUGGCCAUUCUUAUUAUUCAUUUAAUCAAACCUUAAUUUUAAAUGCUGUACCGUAAUACUUCUGUCCUGAACUUUGCAGUGUUGGGUCUCUAAGCCAGCGUUAUUGUGUAGGCCAGUGGGGAAAAUAGCUUGCAAUGCUGCAAGUCACCAGUUGGGGGAGCCAGACUGCAUAACGAAUUAGAAUGUAAAUAUAGAAGCUUUCCCGUUUAAUGGGAAACUCUUAACUGUAUUUAAGUUCAUUAAUACAAUUAAUGAUUGCUUUUUCUUUUUAAUUGUGAUUUUAAUUUAUGUUUUAAAAUAAGACAUCACUUUUAAGGUGACAUUCAUUUUAUCGGUCAAAUUUACCGAUAUUAUUUGAGUUUUAAAGGGCUAGCUUUUAUACUCCUGCAGGGCAGGUCAACAUGGAACCCUAAGUCUAAUCCUCUAACCGUCCAAGGUGCAUCAUAGUGGGGCG